AUGAGCAGACGUGGGGAAAGCUGUUGCGCCCGCGGACAUGGGUGCGGUGUGCCAGCAUCGAUCAUUCCCUACCUCGGCUUGACAUACACAUCACGGCCGUCCCGACCGAGAACUGCCCUCUUCUUUCCCGGCCAGGGCGUCCAGCGUGUCGGCAUGCUGGACCCCUGGCUGGAGGCCUUCCCAUCUACCGUCAAACCAAUCCUAGAGGAGAUCGACCAUACCCUCGCCAUCUCUCCCUCUUUGACGUCUCUCAUCUCUUCGGGCACUAAUGCCGAGCUUACCGCCACUCAGAACGCCCAACCUGCCAUCAUGGCCACAUCCGUCCUGGUCCUACGCAUCCUUGAGAAAGAGUUUGGCUUCAACAUAAAAGAAACAGUAGAUGUGACGCUUGGCCACAGUCUAGGCGAGUUUGCAGCUCUGGUUGCAGCGGGAAACUUGCAAUUUGCUUCUGCGCUCAAGAUGGUGCGGCGAAGAGGCGAAGUUAUGGCCGAAUGCUCAGCCUCUACACAAGCUGAGAUGGGAAUGGUAGCGCUGGUUUGUGAGCCUGAUCAACGCGAUGCAACCCUUGAUGCCAUUACCCGCCAUCUCGAAAAGAACCCAGACUUGCGCGCCAACGUUGCAAACAUCAAUUCCAAGACGCAAUUUGUGUUGAGUGGAGACAUUGCGCAUAUCAACACGGUGCUGAAACAUAUCAGCCAGUUUGACAGCCAUGACCCUCGGGCAGUGCGGCUGAAGGCAGAUAGCCCGUUCCAUUCUCCGCUCAUGCAGCCUACAGUCGAAUUGAUGCAGAAACUGCUACGAGAGCCCGGUGCCGUCACUUUCGAUCCUCCUAACACCCUCUAUUGUAUCUCCAACGUAACAGCGAAGCCCUUUUCUUCCGCUGAAGAACUCAUCGACCUUGUUGCCCGCUCAGCCGCCGAGCCAGUGCUAUGGCACCAAAGCAUUGUAUUCUUGCAUCAACAACACAAAGUCAAGAGGUGGAUAGGCAUCGGACCAGGCAAGGUAGGCAGAAACCUUGUAGGCAAAGAGGUGGGUAUGAAGGGAAUCGAUGUGAAAGGAGGAGGUGUGUUAGCGCUCACAGACCCAAAGGAGAUAGAUGAGUUCAUGAAGGCAUUGGAGGAUACCAAUAAGGCUGUGGAUGAGGAUGUGGACUGA